GUCCAAUCCUACUGAAGGUCAUGCUUUAUAAAACAGCUCCAUAUACUCUUAAAGGAUCCAAAGUAGAGCAUCAGCAAGACAGGCAUGAAGCAUGAUCUGAUGCAAGGUCUGAGUUCACCCAAAAGCUGGAAAAUGCUCUCUCAGCUUCUCUUCAUCUCCAUUGCCACAAAUGCUGUUAGCAGUCAGCUAACGGCGGCUAUUUGCGCUCCGUACAUGAGAAAACCAGAGAUUAUUGACAUCUCUGUGGACUGUGGGACUACUUUCAUUGGCCUGGCCAUACAGAUCUGCCCAGUUGCCUACAUCGGUUACAAUGAGUCACAGCUCUUCCUCAACAACAUUAUGGAUGACCCAACCUGCAAAGGCUCCCUGGACUGUUCUGUGGCUCCGCCUGUGCUCCGCUUCAACUUCCCCCUUAACAGCACAAAUGCCUGUGGCAGCAGUUUUAAGACCACCAGCUCUGUAGGCACUGGAAUAUUGUCUGACAUUUCCAGUGUCCAGACGAUGAACGUCAGUGGUGUGGUGCAGUCAUAUGACCCCACAACAAGCACAGUCACAUAUUAUGCUGAGCUGAAGUACUAUUACGUGUGUUCCUAUCCUCUGGAGUACCUGGUCAACAAUACCCAAAUGGAUGUGUCGUCCAACGCCAUGGCGGUCAUGAACAACAACGGCAGCUUCAUCAGUGCCCUCAGACUCCAGCUCUUCAGUGAUCCAAACUUCACCAAACCCAUGAUCAUUCCUUAUACAGGCAUUGAACUGAGGACCAAUAUAUAUGUGCAGGUCUUUGCCAUCAAUAUCAUCACCCAUUACUUAGUGCUGCUGGACAGAUGUUUCGCCUCCACUUCAGUUAUUCCAGGCAAUUCCACCAUCUACAACCUCUUCGUGCCGUGCUCAGUGAAUCUCCUGACCAACGUGAUCGAGAAUGGUGUGAGUCGACGAGCUCGGUUCUCCUUCCCUGCUUUUCGCUUCACACAACAGUAUAACCAGCUUGUCUCUACAUAUUACCUGCACUGUAUCACGCGACUGUAUGAGAGCUGUCUGCAGUACCUAUACGGUGAAAAAAGAAGAGACGUGAAUUCUGCUUCUUCGGGGCUCUCAGAGCCCACCACCCUCACGUCCCCUCCCAUCAUCACCAACGUCGAGACCCACACAUCUGGCAGUACUAGUUCACCCUCUUCUCUGAGACUGGGCGCAGCAGUGGGCACUCUGGUGUUCAUCGGUUUUGUCUUUAUUGGGAUAGCUGCUGUACACAGCAAGAAGCUCAUUUACAGAGUCUGUGGUAGAGUCUGCCACCACUAA